AUAGCUAUAUCAAAGAAAUAAGAAAAACUCAUUUUUUUUAUUAUUUAAUUUACUAAUAAAAAGUGUUAUAAUAAUCCUCGAUGAUGAAACACUCAAAUACCAGUUAAUAUCAAUCCUUAAAAUCAAUUACAAAAUCAAUUGUUAGAUACAAAAAAAUGUUCCGCCGUUUUUUCGCAACAUUCGUCGAUCAACAGAUCACAGCUGCAUCCUCGCCCGAUUUUAUCUUUAACACACCAAAAAUCGCACAAACCUUCAAUUCUCCCGGUUUGGAGAGUCUAUCAUGGUUAUACUCGCAUACGCCUUGUUUUCCCCUCCGAGGUGAUCAAAUCUCUAUUAUCCACGAACCUAGCAAAUUCUAUGAUACUCUGAUUCAGAAAUCAGCUGAAGCCAAGGACAGAAUUGUCCUUGCCAGUUUAUAUCUUGGAACUGGCAAUCUUGAAGCCAAUUUUGUCCAAACAAUUAAAACAAAUUUGCAAAAAAAUGACUCGUUAAGAGUUAAUGUCCUUUUGGACUUUACACGUGGAACGCGUGGCGAAGUCAAUUCGAAAACAAUGCUCAUGCCUCUGCUAACCGAAUUCAAUCGAAAUGUAUCGUUGUCAAUGUAUCAUACGCCGGAUUUGCGAGGAAUGACAAAAAGGUUCGCUCCACCUCGGUGGAACGAGCUUCUUGGCUUGCAACAUAUGAAAAUCUACCUAUUUGACAAUUCGGUUAUGAUUAGUGGAGCUAAUUUGUCGAAUGAUUAUUUUACAAAUCGACAAGAUCGAUAUAUUUUAAUUGAAGAUAAGAAUUUGGCUGAUUUCUAUGCCAAGUUGAUAUCGAAAGUUCAAGAAUUUAGUUUAUUAGUUCGGGAAGAUGCAGAAGUUGAAUUGCAUAAAAAUUGGUCAGUUUUGCCUUAUGAAGGUGACAAGGAAACAUUUAUGAAUACAGCGAAACAAAGAGUUGCGGAUUUCUUUCAGGAUACGUUUAGUAAACAAAAAACGAUUUUGGAGGAAUCAUCGGACGCGGACACAUGGAUCUUCCCACUAAUCGAAAUGGGCCAAAUUGGUAUUCAUCACGAUAGUAUUGUAACGAAACAACUGUUUUCUUCCUCCGUUAGUGGAUCCCGACUGAAGUUAGCUACAGGAUAUUUUAAUUUAACUCAAGAAUACAUGGACACAAUCACAAAAAACUGUUUAGCACAAUGUAGUAUCUUAAUGGCACAUCCAAAUGCGAAUGGUUUCCAGGGUGCUAAUGGCCCUGCUGGUAGUAUCCCAGCCGCAUACACUCUAAUAGCUAAACAUUUUUAUGAGAGCUUAGUGCGAGAACAACAAGACCAUCGAGUGAAUUUCUUUGAAUUCGAAAAGGACGGAUGGAGCUAUCAUGCUAAAGGCUUAUGGUAUUAUCUUCCAAAUGCAACUUAUCCUAGUCUAACACUAAUUGGUUCUUCCAACUUUGGAGAACGAUCAGUAAAUCGUGAUCUAGAAAGCCAAGUAUGCCUGGUUACCUCUAAUAAAUCCCUUCAGAGUCGACUUCAAGAAGAGGCUGAUAGAUUAUACAGUUUAGGAUCAACAGCAGAAAAUGAAAUCACCACCCGACCGGUACCGAGAUGGGUGCAGGCUGUCGUUAAGAUAUUUAGAAAUUUCUUUUAGGCAACAUUUCUGAUGUCAAAUUUUAAAGCUUACGUCACAACCCAC